AUGCUGUGGAUUGCAAGUCUCUGCCUCCUCUUGGCGCCGUCCAUUCUUGGAGCCCCGGCAAACAAACAGAGACAGAAGGUGUUGCUGAUCUCCUUUGAUGGAUUCCGGUGGGAUUACGACCGCGAUGUGGACACCCCACACCUUGACAAAAUGGCCAAGGACGGAGUCAAAGCCCUGUAUGUCACACCUCCUUACCUCACUAUCACCAGUCCAGCACACUUCAGCCUCUUGACAGGCCGCUACAUUGAGAAUCACGGGGUAAUCCACAACAUGUGGUUCAACACAACCAGCACUGAGAAGAAGCCUUACUAUCAGACUCAGUUUGUGAAUGAGUGGUGGGACAAUGGCACUCUGCCUAUCUGGAUCACAGCGCAGCGACAGGGCCUUAAAUCUGGCUCUCUACACUUUCCUGGAACAGCUUCCAGUUACCAGGGAGAGGUUGCUAUGGUGCAGGAAGUGGAGCCACUAUUUUACAACUACAAGAAUGAGACUGCUUGGCGAGAAAACGCAGACAAGGUAAUGGACUGGUUUAGCAAUCAGGAUCUGGACUUCAUAUCCCUUUACUUUGGGGAGCCAGACGGCAUCGGUCACAGGUACGGCCCCGACUCCCCGGAGCGACAGGAGAUGGUGAAGCAAGUGGACCGGACGGUGGGCUACAUUCGACAUUCGGCCGAACAACACGGGCUGAACGACAGACUGAACAUCAUUAUCACAGCAGACCACGGCAUGAGCGCGGUGUACCGAAAUGGUCUAGUGGAAGAGAUCACGCUAUCCAAAAUUCCGGGGUUCUCGUUCAGCGACAUUGCCUUUCACCUGGUGGACUUUGGGCCUUCUGGGAUGCUGUUGCCUAAGCCGGGCAAGCUACAGAAGGUCUAUGACGCUUUGAAGGGGUCACAUCCACACCUCCAUGUGUUCAAGAAGGAGGAGAUGCCAGAGCGCCUCCACUUCGCCAAAAACGAUCGAAUCCUCCCCAUAAUUUUAUGGUCCGACCCUGGAUAUGUAAUCAACGGGUAUUUUCCGGUUCAGUUCCACAAGGGUGAGCAUGGCUUUGACAACCAAGACAUGGAUAUGAAGCCCUUCUUCAGGGCAGUGGGUCCAGCAUUUCACAAGAACCUGGAGGUGGGGCCCUUCGAGACGGUGAACAUCUACGCCUUGAUGUGUCACAUCCUGGGCAUCAAGCCGGAGGUCAAUGACGGCCACCUGAAUUCCACCAAACACAUGCUGGUUAGCAGCACUACUACUCAGGGUGAAGACGUGGAUGUCCUGAACAAUAUAUUCAAUGGACUGGCAGCAGUAGCUGGAUUUCUUGUUGUAGUUUUUAUCAUGGUGACAUCCCAUAAAUUACUCAAGGAUAAACGCAAGAAUAAAAGGUCAGUAAGUUCAGAUCAACUUCCGGCAAAAUAAAUGAUAUACCAGACUUCACUUUGAACGCCACAACAACAAAUAAAAAACAAAACAAAAACAU